GUUUGAGAUUCAGCUGCAGUUUUCUUGUUGUGGUUACUCUUUGCCUACAUUUGUGUGUUGACUUCAUGAGGUGUAAUCAUAAUCUUAAGUGGGAUUUGUUUAUUGAUGCUGCUUGCAUUCCACGUGCGUAAAAUCAAAGUCGAAACAAACCGUUCAAUGCUUUCAAGCUCACUCACAGAUGAAACAGUGAAGAGAGGAAGUUGUGUUGCCCGCUGCCGCGUCACUGCUGAUAGCAACAGGAAGAAAUAGUGCAGCAUUUGUGUGUAACUGCUGUGCUGGAUAGUUUCAUACAACUCUCUUGCUCCUCUUCAUUGGCUCCCAACGUUGGCUUCGGUUCAAUGUCAAGACACCUCAUUCAGGCUUCUUUGCAUCUCAUUCUUGAACCCUGCUUAUAGUCUGUUGGGGUGUGGGGCGUGUGGGGGUGACCAGAUGGCCCUCAGUGUGUAGUUUAGAGGAGAAGCCAUUGGGGACGUGUGUGUGGAAAGGAGUGGUAAGGUGCAGACAAGCUAUGGGAUGCUGCAGUGUGACCCAGAGGAAUACGGGAACUGAUGAAGUGGGCCCAGAUGAGAUCGAACUCCUGGAAAUCAACAAUGCAGGGCUCUGGAGUCUCUCUGAAAGCAGACUCCAAAUUUCCACAAGGAAUGGCACAGAUGAAGGUCCUCAUCGUUGUCCUUCUGUGAGGCACCUGAAGCAGGAGGAACCGGAUCCUGUAUCUGUGAGGAACAAAACUAAACACAACCAUUCACAACUUGUGCUUUGGGGCGGGACAAAAAAAGAGCUCCAUCACAGGCUGUACACUCAUCCAAUCAGAGAAUGGGAAGGACAGGCACCACACACCUAUGGAGACAUUAUCCACUCAUCUUCUGUGUAUUUACACAGUGGGUACACAAAGGCUAUGAGCGAAAGAUAUCUGGUUUUAUUUUCCUUCCAUUUGUUAAUCCUCGCUUUGGACAGUGCUAAUCAUGAAUUUAUUUAUGAGGGCAUUCUUCCUCUCUCUGCCAUUGAGGUGCAUCUGAUCUCACAGCAGGACCCCAAUUCUCCACAUAUGUUUGAGAUUAGCGGACCUAUGGUGGACUCAAAGAUCUUCAUUUGUAAUAGUGCUACGGAAAAAGAUGCCUGGGUGGAGAACAUUGAGGAAAGGAGAUACAAAUCCCUAAGGCAACAGCUGAGCCCGUCCCAUAGUACUCUCUCAUACCUGGUGCCAUGUGAUGAAAACUGGAAGAAGGAGGAGCUUAAAAGGUACUUACUGCGGUCUCCGAUCUUGCAAUGGGAGGGGACGCCCAUUCAGCACAUGGGCUAUCCGAAAUACCUUUCAUUGGUGCACAUCAGCAACAUACACAGACAGGGACCUCAGGAGCGUUUGCUUGUGCUCUUCCCGUUUGACCUCCUCAUUUUAUCUCUCGACUGUCAUCAUGUUCGUGUGAAAUAUGAGGGUCGUCUGCCACUAAAGAGCAUCAAAGCCAUGGAAAGAUCGGCACUACCUGGCAGACUGGAGUUUGAACUCACAGGUGAACUGAUGGAGCCUCUGCUUGUCUCCUGUAUUUACCCUGAGGACUAUCAAAGCUGGAUCUUCCAGUUACAACAGCCUGAUAAAGUGGCAGAUUCAUUGCCACAUCACAACCCUCCACCUCUGAUACCGAAGAAGCGCAGAAGCUGAGGAUGAUGACGGAUGGGGAUUAAAAUGUUGUAAACAUCAAAAUACUUUUGUAUUGUGCCCAAUGAAAGCUGCUGAUGACAAAUGAAAAUUUUACUGUUGCAAUUUACUUAAUAAGUAACAAAUCUCUUCACUGCUUGUGAGGAAAAUCUUCAAUAGCUAGGAAACUCAACAGGUUUAGACAUUCUGCUCCAUUUCAGUAGCCUAAUGUUUCUGAGGUAGUGAAAAGAAAACAGGCCUUACACAUGCACAAAUACAGUAAGUAUGAAAAUGUAUAAAAUUAAUAUAAAUGGUUAUGUGAGAUGUAAUAAACUGUUUUAAUUAUAAAUUAA